AAUCAGCAGCGCAGUGCCAUGAGGUUGUGGCUCUUUGAACCAAGCCAUGACAUAUCGAAAUGGCGUGCCGGAGCCACAGCCCCAAGCCACAGGACGAAUCGGCAUCCACAUGCACUAAUCGCAGGUAUCCAGCGGUAUAGCGUCGCACCUUAUUAUUUCUUAUCGGGCAAAGCAGAGCCAAGCAGCUCUGGAACUGUUGCCCGAUAAAACUCUCCAAGUGCCCGCCCCGUUGUAUCACAAGUUUCCAGACAAGAGAGGUCUUGUUCCUGGCCUAGCGAGCAUCUGGACAGAGAGUGGCUGCAGCUCCCUUUGUUCUCUCUUUCUCCCUCCCUCCUGGUCUGCCCCUUCUCGACUACCUCCGGUCCUCGGUCCCGCUGGGCGGCAACACAACAACACUUUCCACCGCAAAGGAAGCUUGCUCUGUCUGGAACUUGGACCCAAGAGACAAGUUUCCUUUUUUUGCGCCUGGCGAAGCGCACCGGCCGCGGAACAGCAGAGUCCCUCCCUAUGUGCGGCCACGUUCCACCAUCACGAUAAUGGAAGACGACACUCGUACGCCCGCCGAAAAGGCACAUCCUGGACCUGCCACCGAGGGCAGUGCUCCUGUUGCCUCCUCUCCCACCACAACCUCUGCGGCUGGAACCAAUUCCAGUGGCCCGCUGCCGCUGCGACAUGGUCACGAGCUCCCCUUUGUCGCGGCCCCGUCCUCCUACUUGCGUCCAAAGCCCAUCAGUCGCACAAUGUCGGAUAAUAGAGCCUCAGGUCCGCUGGACAAGGAGCAGAUGCAGGGUCUGAGAGGGGUGCGCGAGUUCCUCAAGGUCCGGACGAGUUACGAUGUCUUGCCUCUGUCCUUCCGUUUGGUUGUGCUCGAUAACAACCUGCUCAUCAAGAAGAGCUUGAACAUUCUCAUACAAAACGGCAUCGUGUCAGCGCCGCUCUGGGAUUCGCAGAAUUCAGCCUUUGCCGGCCUGCUGACGAGCACCGACUUUAUCAAUGUCAUUCAGUACUACUGCCAGUUCCCUGACGAGAUUGCGCACAUCGAUCAGUUCCGCCUGAGCAGUCUUCGAGACAUUGAAAGGGCAAUUGGCGUGCUGCCGCUCGAAACGGUGUCGGUCCAUCCUAUGCGCCCCUUGUAUGAGGCAUGUCGGCGCAUGCUCAAAACGAGAGCCAGGAGGAUCCCAUUGGUAGAUCGGGACGACGAGACGGGAAGGGAGAUGGUUGUCAGCGUCAUCACGCAGUAUCGCAUCCUCAAGUUCAUCGCCGUCAACAACGAACAGUACACCAUGUUGCUGAAAAAGCCCGUCCGAGAGCUUGGGCUGGGCACCUACAAGGACCUGGCGACGGCCACCAUGGGCAGUUCGGUUCUCGACGUUAUUCACCUCAUGGUCAAGUACAACAUCUCGGCGGUGCCCAUCAUCGAUAAGGACAACAGGGUUCUGAACCUGUUUGAGGCGGUCGAUGUGAUACCCUGCAUCAAGGGUGGCGCCUACGACGAGCUGAGCGCCACGGUGGGCGAGGCGCUGUCCAGACGGGCCGAAGAAUUCGGUGGCAUCUACACGUGCAAUGAGGAUGACCGGCUGGAUGCCAUCUUUGACACAAUUCGGAAGUCACGGGUGCAUCGGUUGAUUGUGGUGGAUGACGAUAACCGUCUCAAGGGCAUCAUUUCACUAUCGGACAUUCUAAAGUAUGUUUUGCUCUAUGGCGAGGAGGACGACGACAUUCGGGGGAAUUAGGUCGGGGGGCGGCAUGGGCAUGAUAAUAUUUGGAACGGGGACCAGUAUCUACCCUGUGUCCCUCACCAGGCCUCUUGGGUUAUGCUUGACUCCGAUUUAUUUUGAUUUGCAUUUGCAUGGCGUCACGGGCCGGAUGUGGACAAGGAAUACCAUGGUUGCAUAUUCUGUUCUAUUUUUUACCCCACGGUAUAGACUUUUUGUUUCUCUCUGACUCUGACUCUCUCCCCCUCCCUCCCUCUGUCUCUCUC